AUGCGCACUAUUCAGUUAAUGAAUUCGGAGGCACAGGCGAACAACAAAAAAACGGGUCGCGCGGCCAUGCAAUAUGCCAAGGAACACUCCUUGAUUCCGGACGGUCAGUGUGGUUCUCGGAAACGCCAUCAGGCUAUCGAUCUGGCCCUGUCCAAACGUCUGGUCUGGGACCUGUUGAUUCUCCAACGACGAGCGGCCGGGUGGAUCUCUAAUGAUGCCAAAUCCUGCUUUGAUUGUGUUGUUCAUUGGGUGGCAAUCAUUGCGAUGCUCCGGUUUGGGCUGACAUGCAGAGUCCUAUCUUCCAUGUUCAACAUGCUCUUGUCAGCAACGCAUCCGAUGCGGACAGGCUUUGGCGAUUCAGAUCGUAGCUUCAAGCCGCCUUCUGUUAUCCCCUUUCAAAGAUGUGGCCAGGGCAAUGGAGCAGGACCUCCCAUAUGGAUCUCUGUGAGCUCCGUUCUCAUAACCAUGAUGGAAGCGAUGGGUUACGGCUUUGAGUGCCUCUCAGCUCUGGAGUCACAAUUGGUCACAGCCCAAUGCUUUUGCUUUGUCGACGACACCAACAUCAUUGAAGCUGGCAAUACAGUCCAUCACUCGGGUGAAGCUAUAUGUGCAUCCGUGCAGGCAGCCGCUACCCUGUGGGCGGGGGGGAAUCCGAGCUACUGGAGGUCGACCAUCAUGAAGAAAUUGGAGUAUCCUAUGGCGCUAACCACCCUGGACGCCCAGCAACGGACAGACAAUAUGUCUCCGGUACUUCAAGUGUGCCUUCCGAAGGCGGGCGUCUGUCGUAACUUCCGUCGAGAUGUUGUGUUCGCUCCGCUGCCCUAUCAGGGUCUUGGACUUCCACAUCCGUUUGGUUGUCAAGUGUUUAAGCAUCUCGAGAUGUUGCUUCGACAUAUGGCCAACAGGACCAAAACUGGUGACUAUAUGGAGGCCAACUUCCAAUAUAUAUAUAUAACUGAUGCAUUAAUCGUAUUAAAACUAUCUCAAGUUUCUAGAUUGCCGCUAACGGCUGUCAUGGCCAUUUACCAUACGGAG